UUCAACACUCUCUUUCAGGAAUUAAAAAACUUUCCUGAUCAAUUUUUUAAUUAUACCAGAAUGAUUCAGCAAUCAUUUUAUAAAUUAUUAGAAGAAGUAUCUCCAUAUCUGACCAAAAAUAGUCGUCGUCAAUCUAUCUCAGCAGAACAUCGGUUGCUAAUAACAUUGAGGUAUUUAGCUACAGGUGAUGAAGUAUCAUCUCAGGCAGUCGAAUAUCGUAUUGGAAGAUCAACACAUCAUUCAAUUAUUAAUGAAACGUGUGUUGUGUUGGCCCAAGUUUUAAUGCCAAAAUAUAUUAAAGCUCCAGAUAGUGAUCAAUGGAAAGCUAUUUCUGAUGGUUUUUAUCAAAAAUGGAACAUGCCUAAUUGUAUUGGUGCCAUUGACGGAAAACAUAUUGAAAUAAUUGCUCCACCUAAAUCAGGAACCAUGUGCUACAAUUAUAAAAAAACAUUUAGUACCGUACUCUUGGCAGUGUGUGAUCAUGAAUAUAAAUUUACCUUUGUUGAUAUUGGUGCAUAUGGAAGUGAAAGUGAUGGUGGUAUUUUUGCAAGAUCUUCAUUUGGAAAAGUUUUAGAAGAGGAUAAAUUGAACCUGCCAAAAGAAAAAACAAAAUUACCAGGAUCUAAUAUGUUUACUCACCAUUUUUUUGUUGGAGAUGAAGCUUUCAAAAUUUCACGCCAUAUGAUGAGACCAUAUCAGGGUCAUGAACUCACUACAACUCAGAAAGUUUUUAAUUAUCGUUUGUCUCGAGCACGACGAACCAUUGAAAAUACUUUUGGAAUUUUAUCGAGUAAAUGGAGAGUACUAAAAAGAAGUAUUCAUAAGAGUUUAACAAAUACUGAUCACAUUGUUGCUGCAUGUGUUAGUCUUCAUAAUUUUCUUAUAUUUCAUGAACAAAGAAUGUACAAUGUGCAAAAUAGUUUUAUAGAUUUGGAUUCUGAUUGUGAAACAGAACCAAAUUAUAUUGCUGAAUUACAAUAA